AUGGUAUCUGAUACUAGGAAGCGUGUUGCUGAAAGAUGGAGUCGGGUUGAUUAUCGCUCUGGUGCAAUUGAACCUGCUGUUAAGAAACCCAAAUCAGAAGUUAUCGACCUUACGGGUUCUGAUUCUGAUAAUAGUGAUAAUGGUGAUCAAGAAGAACAAGGACCGCCUGUUAAACCUAAUUACCCUUUUAAAUUAGUAAAGUCUCAAAUAUUCGACAAGAAUCUGAAAAACUCUCAUCACCUCAUCGAUCUAAGAGACGUUCUCCACGAUCCAUCGCUGCGUAAGUCGUUUUUAUUCAGUUUUCAAUACGAGUUAGACUUCCUACUGGAACAAUUUCAUCCUAAUGUACAAAAGAUUGUGCUAGUGGCUCAAGAAGGUACUGUUUUACCGCCAACAACACCUAAGGCGCUAUCAUGGGUGGGCAAAACUCAUCUUUGUGAAUUUCGCAUGCCUCCAUUCACUUGUCAUCAUUCUAAACUAAUUAUUAACGUCUAUCAGGAUGGAUCCUUGCAGUUAUUCAUGCCAUCAAACAAUUUCACAUAUGCAGAGACGAAUUACCCCCAGCAAGUUUGUUGGGUGAGCCCUCGACUGUCCGCGUGCGCUAGUCCAGCAAGCAGUUCAUUCCAAUCGGAUCUUUUGAACUAUUUGAAGUCCUACGAUUUGAGGGAAAUCAAUCGAUACAUUAUACCUGAGGUAGAAAAAUUUAAUUUCGAACCUCUGGAAGGUACAGAAUUUGUCUAUUCAACACCUUCGAAAGACUACCUUUCUGGCUUCCAGUUACUGGCUCAGAAAUUGCGAUAUAAAAAGGAAAACGGUGAUACCAGCAUUAAGCAUCACCUUAGUCACUAUUUGUGUCAAAGCUCCAGUGUAGGCAAUUCACUGUCUAGGAAAGAACCAUGCAAUCUGCUCACGCACAUGAUUAUCCCCGUGUUGGAAGGUAUAAUUCCCAAGGACUCUAAGAAAUUACCAUCAACUUCUCAACUGCUAGAGGAUUAUCGUUCCCAUCACAUUGUUCCCUAUUUGCUAUACCCUACAGUGCAAGAGAUUGUAGAUUCGCCAGUCGGCUGGUUAUGCAGUGGUUGGUUUAAUUUCAAUUAUAACAAAGACAUGGCACAUUACAACAUGUUAAGAGAUGAAUUUAACAUUUUUCACAAGCAAAAAAAGUCUCAAUUAUCCCCUCAACGUAGGGCUACUCCAUCACAUUCUAAAUUUUAUAUGAAAAGCACUACCAGGAACCCAAAUGAAAAACCAUUCCGUGAAUUGGACUGGUGUCUGUUUACAUCUGCAAACUUAAGUUUUAGCGCUUGGGGUAAGACUUCAGCUAAACCAAGAAAUUACGAAGUAGGCAUUCUACUAAAAUCGCCUGAUCUGCGUUGUCAAAGUUUCGUAGACCUCAUUUACAACACAAAGCUACAGAACGAUUCAGAGAACACCAAUGGAACCACCGUCGCAGUACCAUGGACACCAGAUCUAGAGCCAUACGAGAAAAUUGACGAAACAUUUUGCAUAUCAAAGGAUUAUUCCCAAUUGUCGAGUUCCUGA